AUGCAUUUGGAAGUGGUGAUGGUCGAGGUGUACGGGUGGGAAAUGGAGAAAGCCUGCUUAGUUCUAACUUACUACUGCUUAUUUCAGAGGGAGUCCGUUUCCAUUCACAUUGGCCAAGCUGGCAUCCAGAUUGGAGAUGCUUGUUGGGAACUCUAUUGCCUGGAACAUGGAAUCCAGCCCGAUGGUGUUCUCAACAGUAAAAAGGAUCAGUUGGAAAAUGCUAAAAUGGAGCACAUGGAUGCAUCUUUCACUACCUUCUUUUGUGAGACAAGAGCUGGGAAGCAUGUGCCCAGAGCACGCUUCAUGGACCUGGAGCCAACUGUUAUAGAUGGGAUUUGUACAGGCAAGUACCGCUCACCCUUUCACCCAGAGCAGCUCGUUGUUAGCAGAAAGGAAGAUGCUGCAGACAACUAUGCCCGAGGUCACUACCCUGUGGGGUCAGAGAUCACUGACCUUGUGCUAGAGAGGAUUGGAAAGCUGGCAAAACAGUGCAGUGGACUUAAGGGAUUUUUGAUUUUCCGAAGCUUUGGAGGAGGCACUGGAUCAGGAUUUACAUGUCUCUUAAUGGAGCGGCUCUCGAUAGGAUAUGACAAGAAGACUAAAUUGGAGUUCUCUGUCUGUCCAGCCCCCAGGACCUCCACUGCUGUGGUAGAGCCUUACAACUCCAUCCUCACCACCCAUUCCACCAUAGAGCACUCAGACUGUUCCUUCAUGGUGGACAACGAGGCCAUCUAUGACAUACGCCAUCAUAAACUUGGUGUGGACUGCCCCUCUUACACCAGCAUUAAUAGGUUGUUAGGUCAAGCUGUAUCUUCCAUUACUGCAUCCCUCCGGUUUGAAGGGCCCUUGAAUGUGGACCUAAUCGAAUUCCAGACCAACCUAGUACCUUAUCUGAGAAUACAUUUCCCCAUGACAACCUUUGCCCGCAUCGUCUCUGCUGACAAAGCCUACCAUGAGGGGCUCUCCGUGUCACACAUCACCGCUGCUUGCUUUGAGUUCUCCAACCAGCUGGUCAAGUGUGAUCCUCUACUGGGGAAAUACAUGGCCUGCUGUCUACUCUACAGAGGGGAUGUAGUCCCUAAGGAUGUGAAUGCAGCGAUUGCAGCCAUGAAGUCCUGGAACUCUAUUCAGUUUGUAGGUUGGUGUCCAACUGGUUUUGAGGUGGGCAUCAACAAUCAACCACCCACAACGAUGCCAGGAGGGGACCUGGCCAAGGUCCAGUGGGCUGUCUGCAUGCUGAGCAACACCACGGCAAUUGUGGAGGCCUGGGCCCACCUGGACUGCAAGUUUGAUCUCAUGUAUGCCAAGAGGGUGUUUCUACAUUGGUACAUCAGAGAAGGCAUGGAAGAAGGCAAGUUCUCAGAGGCCAGGGAAGAUUUGGCUGCUCUGGAGAAGGAUUAUGAGGAGGUAGGGCAAAGUUUCUGAUGCAAAUAUCACUGGUGAAAAUGAAUAAGUUGCAGUGUCAUGCUUUCUUUUCAAGACAUACACUUAGUGAGUAGAGUUCCCUCAUUAGAAGAAAAAGGAAAUCAAAUCAAGCAAGAUCCUAAGUGUCACACUGAAUCAAACAGAUCAAUGUUAACAAUGAGCACAUAUUUCCUUGUCUGUUGGUGUAAUUCAGCACUGCUACCUGGGAACCUUCUAAGGCUUGGAGACCUUUGAAUUUCUGGAUCAUAUCUAUGUUGUUUUUUUUUUUGUCAGAAUGGAAACUUGACUUUAUUCUUUACUUCCUCAACCAAGAGACUAUGAAACCCUGAAGUUAGUGCUUUCUCUUUCCCGUGCCUGAGGUGGAAGCACAUAUUGAUUAUUGUUAUUUCUCUAUGUCUAUAGUUUUCUUUUUUUUUUGUGAGGAAGAUUGGCCCUGAGCUAACAUCUGCCAAUCCUCCUCUUCUUGCUGAGGAAGACUGGCCCUGGGCUAACAUCCAUGCCCAUCUUCCUCCACUUUAUGUGGGACGCCGCCACAGCAUGGCUCGACAAGCAGUGCGUCGGUGCGCACCCGGGAUCCGAACUGGCGAACCCCGGGCCGCCGCAGCGGAGCGCGCGCACUUAACUGCUUGCGCCAUCGGGCCGGCCCCCUCUCCAUGUCUAUAUUUUGUACAUUGAUUAAAUAAGGAAUAUUUUCAACAUGAUUCUUUUCCUUCUUCCAGAUGGGGGCCUUAAGGUCUCAGUUUGCUUUUUAUACAAACAAACAAAUAAACAAACAACAGGGAUAUUCUUGGGUCUUUCAAAAAUUUGAAUCUGUAUGUCUUGCAAGUUAGAAAGUGAAACUGAUCUCU